CCUUAAGUUUGUGACUAGUGAGGGUAGAAAAGUAGAAGGUCUCUGAGAGCAUACUCACGAUACUGUCGUAAAAUAAUUUACGCGACAGUUUUUCCACCAACAUUUCAGUUUCGUCUGAAAUACUACAAUAAACAUGAAUGCGAUGAUGUGUGCUUUCGUCGGCGUCAGUUUGGUAAUUUUCCUACUCAUUCGGUCAUCGUAUGGAUACGCCUCGUAUCAGUCAUUCGACCUGGAGGAUCGAUGCAACCGGAGCCUGACGAUAGAUUGCCCCUACAUGUACAGUGGCAGAGCGGGCACAUUUCGGUAUUACGUUGUGACGAAACUGCAGCCGGGAACGUGCUAUCUCAAUGUGACACUGGAUUCAAACUGUGGGAUGUCGUACAACUAUUACAGCAUCUAUCUCAACAUCCGUAAAUUCAAUCUACCUACGAACGACCGAGUUAGAAUCUACGAGAAGAACACAUAUUCACGCAACCUCCUAAAAGAUUUAACCGGUUCCCAAUCCGCAUUUUCCAAUCCUGCCUCCGUCGCGCAAACCCGAACAUCGUACGUCAAACAACCAUCAAUUUCCUUUGAAUACUUCCGUAGCGCUUCGUCCGCUACCGGCUCACAUGAGGCUUUUAUCGACUACGUUAUCGUCGAAGACACAUCUUCGUCGCACAAUACUUAUUGUAGCGCGUUAUCUGGCUAUGUGAACGAUGACUACAUAUGUGAUAGAGAUUAUUCAACGGAUCGGGUAAAUUGUCCGAGCUCUUUCACUUUCGACACUGGACGGAAUCCAGCGUAUUCCAGACAGUCUUGCAGCAGCUCCCAUAACAACAAUUAUUAUUACGACGACGGGUUGAGCGCCGGCGCAAUCAGCGGAAUCAUCACCGGCUGUGUGUUCUUUUUCGUCAUCGUGUUCUACGCAAUUGCUGCGGCGGUUGGCAGUCGCCGGCGCGCGGCAGUACGUCCAGUGGUCUUGGCUCGCGGAACGAUAACGACGACGCGGCCGGUUGUUGUUGGGACGUACGAACCGAUGCCAUCUUAUGCGGGAGCGCCUCCCUCCUACGCGGAAGUGACCGCGACUACUGUCACCACUUCGCAACAACCACCGGCCAGAUAUUAACUCAGCCUUCGGAACAAUUUUUUAGCUGGUGUAAAGAUAUGCUUUAAUACGCUUUAUUAAAUACGCUUUAAUGCGAAGAUGAAAGCUAAUGAAAACUCACCGAAGCAGAAAAUGAAUUCUUAAAGUUACUAAGCGCAUGUUCAUGCACACGAGGCGCGCAGCUGCAUGUACGUUGAAUAAAAAAAAUAUCCCAGUGAA